AUGGCUAUUGCAGCUGCUGCUGUCGUGGUUCCAUUAGGCCUGCUCUUUUUCGCCUCAGGCCUCAUCGUUAAUCUCGUUCAGGCAACAUUCUAUGUCCUUGUAAGGCCGCUGUCAAAGAAUUUGUACAGACGGAUCAACCGGGUGGUGGCAGAACUGUUGUGGCUGGAACUUAUUUGGCUUAUUGACUGGUGGGCUGGAGUUAAGGUCCAAAUAUACACAGACCGUGAAACUUUUCGUUUGAUGGGUCAAGAACAUGCACUUGUCAUAUGCAAUCACAGAAGUGAUAUUGAUUGGCUUGUUGGAUGGGUUUUAGCUCAGCGUUCAGGUUGCCUUGGCAGUACUAUAGCAGUGAUGAAGAAAUCAUCAAAGUUACUACCGGUUAUUGGCUGGUCAAUGUGGUUUUCUGAGUAUCUUUUCCUGGAGAGAAGUUGGGCCAAGGAUGAAAACACAUUGAAAUCAGGUAUACAGCGGUUGAAAGAUUUUCCUCUUCCUUUUUGGUUGGCUCUCUUUGUAGAAGGAACACGUUUUACAAAGGUUAAAUUGUUAGCUGCUCAGGAAUAUGCUACAUCCUCUGGAUUACCUGUUCCUAGAAACGUAUUGAUUCCUAGAACUAAGGGGUUUGUUUCGGCUGUAAGUCAUAUGCGCUCAUUUGUUCCUGCCAUUUAUGACAUAACAGUGGCUGUCCCUAAAAGUUCUCCUGCUCCUACAAUGCUAAGACUCUUAAAUGGGAAAUCUUCUGUGGUGCAAGUUCAUAUCAAGCGACAUUUGAUGAAAGAAUUGCCAGAAACAGAUGAAGCUGUUGCUCAGUGGUGUAAAGAUAUAUUUGUUGCCAAGGAUGCAUUGUUAGACAAACACAUAGCUGAUGAUACUUUCAGUGAUCUAGAGCUGCAGGAUACUCGUCGACCAAUAAAACCUCUUGCGGUAGCUAUAUCUUGGGCUUUUGUGGUUGUCGCAGGCACUGUGAAGUUCCUACAAUGGUCUUCGUUGCUAUCAUCGCGGAAGGGUGUUGCAUUUUCAACCUUGGGUUUGGCAGUUGUUACUGGUCUCAUGCACAUCUUGAUUCUAUUCACACAGGCAGAGCGUUCUAACCCGGCCAAGGUAGCCCCGGCAAAGCCAAAGAACAAGGAAGAACAACCUGAGGUUACAAAUGACAAACAACAGUAG